AUGUCAGAAUUUAUCAACGAGAACCCUGAUAUAUUAGAUGAAAGUCAAUUACCUAAAAGAAAAACAGAUGAUUAUGAUGAAACUGAAGAAGAGCAGGAUUUAUUUGGAACUAUAGAAACAACAAAGAAUCCAAAUAUCGUAUACAGCAAUUCAAAUGGCAAUGUAAAAAGGGCAUUUUAUGAUAACAACUUUUUUUUUUCAAAAAAUAGGAAAUCUCUUUUAAAACUAGUUAAUAAAGAAUCAUCAGUCUAUCAAAAUUUAAAAAUUAAUAAUUCUCUUUUAUUAUUACAAAAAAGUAUUAAUAAAAAAAAACAGCAUGACGAUCAUACUGUGCCUAAGGUCAUUAUUAACAACACAAAUAAAGUUAAAGAGGAGUUAGUAGACUCUCAAGAAAUCUACGAUUUAAUAUCCCACAUUUCAGAUCCAGAGCAUCCUUUAUCUUUGGGCCAAUUAUCAGUUAUCCAACUAUCAGAUAUAGAAGUUAUUAAUAAAAGUAGUCCUAAAACAUGUAUGGGUGAGGUCAUUGUCAGAAUAACACCAACAAUUACUCAUUGUUCUUUGGCCACAUUAAUUGGAUUAGGUGUAAGGGUUAGAUUGGAUAGAAGUUUAAGUCCAAGGUUUAGAAUAACCAUUUUGUUAAAAAAGGGAACACAUCAAAGUGAAAACCAAGUGAACAAACAAUUAAAUGAUAAAGAACGUGUCGCUGCAGCUUGUGAAAACGAUCAGUUGCUGGGUGUUGUAUCUAAAAUGUUAAGUAGCUGCAAGUAG